AUAUUCCUGAGGACUAUUAAGCUGAUAUUUUCCCCCUGCUUGAUGACAUCUUUACCUGAUGGAGUGUUAAGGCUGUGAUUGAUGUUAAGUGAUCAGGAUUAAUAAAACUUAGUGUAACAGAAGAGGUGUUUCACAGACACACACACACACAUAAAUUAGGGGGAUUCCCGAAGUCUUCCAUUUCCUGAGAAUGUGAGUGCUGUUCAAAAAUUAGACUUUUCAGAUACAAUGGUGCAACAGAAAUUGGAUGAUGUUAAGGAUCGAAUCAAGAGAGAAAUAAGGAAAGAACUGAAAAUCAAAGAAGGAGCUGAAAAUCUGAGGAAAGUCACAACAGAUAAAAAAAGUUUGGCUUAUGUAGACAACAUUUUGAAGAAAUCAAACAAAAAAUUGGAAGAGUUACAUCACAAGCUACAGGAAUUAAAUGCACAUAUUGUUGUGUCAGAUCCAGAAGAUGUUACAGAUUGUCCAAGGACGCCAGAUACUCCAAAUAGUGACCCUCGCUGUUCUACCAGCAAUAAUAGAUUGAUGGCCUUACAAAAACAAUUGGAUAUAGAGCUUAAAGUAAAACAAGGUGCAGAAAACAUGAUACAGAUGUAUUCAAAUGGAUCUUCAAAAGAUCGAAAACUCCAUGGUACAGCUCAGCAACUGCUCCAGGACAGCAAGACCAAAAUUGAAGUCAUACGAAUGCAGAUUCUUCAGGCAAUACAGACCAAUGAAUUGGCUUUUGAUAAUGCAAAACCUGUGAUAAGUCCUCUUGAACUUCGAAUGGAAGAAUUAAGGCAUCAUUUCAGGAUAGAGUUUGCUGUGGCAGAAGGUGCAAAGAAUGUAAUGAAAUUACUUGGCUCAGGAAAAGUAACGGACAGAAAAGCACUUUCAGAAGCUCAAGCAAGAUUUAAUGAGUCAAGUCAGAAGCUGGACCUUUUGAAGUAUUCAUUAGAACAAAGAUUAAAUGAACUUCCUAAGAAUCAUCCCAAAAGCAGUAUUAUUAUUGAAGAGCUUUCACUUGUUGCAUCACCAACACUCAGUCCACGUCAAAGUAUGAUAUCCACACAAAACCAGUACAGUACCCUGUCCAAACCAGCUGCAUUAACAGGUACCUUGGAAGUUCGUCUUAUGGGCUGCCAGGAUAUCCUAGAGAACGUCCCUGGACGGUCAAAAGCAACAUCGGUUGCACUACCUGGUUGGAGUCCAAGUGAAACCAGAUCGUCUUUCAUGAGCAGAACGAGUAAAAGUAAAAGCGGGAGCAGUCGAAAUCUCCUGAGAACCGAUGACUUAUCCAAUGAUGUGUGUGCUGUUUUGAAGCUAGAUAAUACUGUGGUUGGUCAAACUAGCUGGAAACCCAUUUCCAAUCAGUCAUGGGACCAGAAGUUUACACUGGAGCUAGACAGGUCACGUGAACUGGAAAUUUCAGUUUAUUGGCGUGAUUGGCGAUCUCUGUGUGCUGUAAAGUUUCUGAGGUUAGAAGAUUUUUUAGACAACCAGCGGCAUGGCAUGUGUCUCUAUUUGGAACCCCAGGGUACUUUAUUUGCAGAGGUUACCUUUUUUAAUCCAGUUAUUGAAAGAAGGCCAAAACUCCAAAGGCAAAAGAAAAUUUUUUCAAAACAACAAGGUAAAACCUUUCUCAGAGCUCCUCAAAUGAAUAUUAAUAUUGCCACUUGGGGAAGACUGGUGAGAAGAGCUAUUCCGACAGUGAAUCAUUCUGGUACCUUCAGCCCCCAAGCUCCUGUGCCUACUGCAGUACCAGUGGUUGAUGUACGCAUGCCUGAAAUAGCACCUCCAGCAAGUGAUUCUACAGUAACCAAAUUGGACUUUGAUCUUGAGCCUGAACCUCCUCCAGCCCCACCUCGUGCUUCUUCUCUUGGAGAAAUUGAUGAGUCUUCUGACUUGAGAGUUUUAGAUACAACAGGACAGGAUUUGGAAGCUGCUUUUGAUAUCGAAAAUAAUAGAAAUAAUAUACUUUCAAAAUCUCAGUCUGAAUAUGAGACUGAUAUUUCUCAGUCUGGCCUAGAAUAUGGUGGCCUCCGAGAAUUUGAAAAUAGAAGAUCUCAGCAAAAGUUUCAGUUUAAUCUGCAAGAUUUCAGAUGUUGUGCUGUUUUGGGAAGAGGACACUUUGGAAAGGUGCUUUUGGCUGAAUAUAAACACACAAAUGAGAUGUUUGCUAUAAAAGCCUUAAAGAAAGGAGACAUCGUAGCACGAGAUGAAGUAGACAGCCUGAUGUGUGAAAAAAGAAUUUUUGAAACUGUGAAUAGCGUAAGGCAUCCCUUUUUGGUGAACCUUUUUGCAUGUUUCCAAACCAAAGAGCAUGUUUGCUUUGUAAUGGAAUAUGCUGCCGGUGGGGACCUAAUGAUGCACAUUCAUACUGAUGUCUUUUCUGAACCAAGAGCUGUAUUUUAUGCGGCAUGUGUAGUUCUUGGGUUGCAGUAUUUACAUGAGCACAAAAUUGUGUAUAGAGAUUUAAAAUUGGAUAACUUAUUGCUAGAUACAGAGGGCUUUGUGAAAAUUGCUGAUUUUGGUCUUUGCAAAGAAGGAAUGGGAUAUGGUGAUAGAACAAGCACAUUUUGUGGCACUCCUGAGUUUCUUGCCCCAGAAGUAUUGACAGAAACAUCCUAUACGAGGGCUGUAGAUUGGUGGGGCCUUGGUGUACUUAUAUAUGAAAUGCUUGUUGGUGAGUCUCCCUUUCCUGGUGAUGAUGAAGAAGAGGUUUUCGACAGUAUUGUAAAUGAUGAAGUAAGAUAUCCAAGAUUUUUAUCAACCGAAGCUAUUUCCAUAAUGAGAAGGCUGUUGAGAAGAAAUCCUGAGCGGCGCCUUGGAGCUGGAGAGAAAGAUGCAGAGGAUGUGAAGAAGCACCCAUUCUUCAGGCUAAUUGAUUGGAAUGCUCUAAUGGACAAAAAAGUAAAGCCACCGUUUGUACCUACCAUCAGAGGUCGAGAAGAUGUUAGUAAUUUUGAUGAUGAAUUUACCUCAGAAGCACCUAUUCUGACCCCACCUCGAGAACCAAGGAUACUUUCAGAAGAGGAGCAAGAAAUGUUCAGAGAUUUUGACUACAUUGCUGAUUGGUGUUAAGUACUAGACACUGUGAAACCAAGCAGACUGACUCACAAGAAGACCUCU